GUCAUCGAAAUGAGAGCGGCUUCAAUGCCAUUCCUGCAGGAUCUAGGACCCAGGAGUGUCCUGAUUGUUAGAGAGCUUGAGAGGGAAUUAAAAAAGAGACGGGCACGAUAAUAUCACCGGUAUGAGCGGUUGCUCAUGCAAAAACUCUUUUGGCCAUUUAAUACACACUGUCAUAUCCUUCUUACAAAUCAAAACCUAACUUAUUGCACGCUCUAGUUGAAAAUUAUUCCGUAUUUCAGUCCAGAAGCCUUUCUAGGGCCAAUGUAAGGUUACAAAAGGGCAAAAUCUACACCUAAUACAGAUUGAAAUCUCAAACUCAUAAAAGCAUGAGUCGGCAAUCAGUCUUCCUACUCGGCCAGGGCCGGGGAGGAGAGAGAAAGGCUAUAACGAGUGGCUCUGGGGACGAGAAUGCGUUUACCCAUCGUGCUCCGUAAAAAGUGUUGCAUGACAACCUGCUACAAAGUAGCGCAUAGCCAACACAAACUCACCUAAGGAGCGUCGGUUAGUUACGCUUGACGGAUGACAUUGUCAGACGCUGUUGACGUACAUGUAGUACCACAAGUCGAUUACCUAGCUAAAUUGGAUUCAGUAUUUUUCCAGAAGUGAGAAGCGGCAAGCAGAUCCUUCGAUAUCACCAGAGAGCUUUUGAGUGCUUGCAAACUUCAAAGAUGUGGACAGCAAAAAAAUUUGGUGUGUGAAUUUCUCCCUCCACAAGGGACAAUGGGUAUCUAUCAAUUUCUUGGCCAAUUUUGCUUGAUGCUGAUUACUCUUGGAAGUUUUUCCGCAGCUGCCAACCAAUCAUCUUUCCAGGUUCAAUGUGACUUUGGUGAUUCCUAUUACUUGACAGAAACUACAGUUAAAGUGAAUGGCUCUUUGACUUCACAGUUUAGCAAUGCCCGGAACUGUCAUGUUAGACAUCACAGUGAUUCAGCCAUCGUUCGUGUGUCUGUGGGAGGAUUCAAUGCUUCAAGCAACUUAAGUACUCUGUACUCCAUGGUUCUUGAAAACCUUAGAAUUCAGUUUGUGGGUGUAGCGCAGUCUCGUGACCUGCAAAAUAUGCAAAAGUACACAUUUCACGCUUGUCCUAGUAUUGAUUCUGGAAAAACAACUGAGCAUGACGUAGAUUUCCUAUUCUUUGGUGCACCUGCCAAUGACUUGUUUGCAGUAGAAGUUGAGUUGGAUAACUCUGUUUUACCUUCUGGUGAAACAGCAGAAUUUUCUGUUCGAGCUGAUGGCUUGGCUAGGGUCAGGGCAUUCGACAUUCAAGAGGAACAGCUCUUCAGCUUACUUCAAAUUACAGUGUCUUCGGAAGAAUCUGAAAUGGAAUGUCUCCUGGUGGUAUCACAAAGUUGUUCUGCAGAACAAAGCCAAGGACUCUCUGAGAACAAUGCUGGUGCAGAAAAUCAGACUAUUCAGCUUACUUUCUCAAGGUCAGGCAGGAUCACAUUGUCACAGUAUUCUAGACCCAAAAUUACAACAGGGCGGUGGUACAUUGGAUUACGUAGCAAAAAAGUUGACAAAGAAAGUGCCUUUGAGAAGACUGUGAAAGUUACCGUAACACAAGGGUAUAAGUAUGACACCAUUGGUAAAGCUCUUCCAGCUGGUUACAUGUGCCUUAUUGCUAUAUUUGGUGGUAUUGCAAUCAGUGCUUUUGCUCAUUUCUUCCUGAAUUCCGACUUUGAUGAGUGUUCAGUUCCCUUUCACUUGGAGAACUCAGAUGAAAUGCCGAGGGCCAGAGCACCAAGUAAAGGAAUUGCGGACUUUGUUCCAAAGCCAAUACCUCGAAAGACAUUCCCCACAAAAAGAUGGCUGGAAGUCAUCGGUAUAUCAUGGUUUUGCAAAGGUUUAAAGACCUACCCUUACUUAACUGGAGUACUGGCCAUAAGUUUCAUGGUUGGUUCAGCCCAGUUUGUAAUUGCACGCUGGUCCAGCAUGAUACAAGGAGGCAAUCGUGACCUGUGCUACUACAAUGAACUUUGUUACAGACCAAUUGCCGUUGCUGACAUGCCUUCCAACUUCAUGCUGAGCAAUGUUCCUUAUGUUAUUCAUGGUAUUUUCCUUGCUCUGUCAUUCUCCUUCAGGGAAGCAAUUGCACUUGAGGUAAACGGAUCAAAAAGAAAGUAUGUUCUCUCUGCAGACCAUAAACGGUUCAGGCCAUAUGAUUACUCAGUGGCUUAUGCCCUUGCCUGGGCAUUGGUCUUUGAAGGCCUAUUUUCAGCCAUGUACCAUCUGUGUCCUUCCCGUCUCACAUUCCAGUUUGACUCUGCCUUUAUGUUCAUCAUCUCGGGGUUAGUUGUGGUUGCACUUUUCAACUGCCGAGUAAAUAGCGAGGCUCUCAUGGAUGCAGAGGAAAAGGAACAAAAAGAUCCCAGUAAAACAACUGUUCAGGCCCCAAAGUAUUUCUUAUUCUUUGUGGCGCCACUGCUGGUGUUUAACUAUGUGGGUUCUGUGCGGGAUACUGAUGGUCUAACACAUUUCUUUGAAGUGGCCUACUGGAUUGCCCUGGUUAUUUGGUUGAUUGCUUUGUACAUCUGGACUUUCCAGAAGAUUGGGGUUCCUUGCAGGUGGAAAAAUUUUGGUACUAAUGGAGAUUGCUGGUCACUAGAGGCUGUAGUGAAGUGGACCUGGAUUAUCGUAUUUCCCCUUUGCCUGCUCAUCAUAGGUUUCAAACAGAAAAAUGACUGGUCACAGUUUUUCCUGUUUUCUUGUGUGGCUGCCGUAGCACUGACCAUUCUUGGUUUGAUGAGUUUUGACGUAGCAUUGUCUUUCAAGAGGCACAGAAGUGGGAAUGGACAUUGUUGUGGUGGGAUCAAACAACUUUGCAACCCAAGGUUAGUCUGGGCAGCCUUUUGGAGAAACUGGCAUCGUGUGCUGUUUAUGAUUGCCACCUUCAUCUUCUGGGUGUUUGCCAUGUACUUCUUCAAGAUAAAAUCCACCACUCGCAAGGUUGCAGCACCAAGCUUUUCCCGUACUUUGAAUGCAGAAUGUGUCUUGUGGGACUUCUUUGACUACCACGACAUCUGGCAUAUGCUGUCUUCAUUUGCACUUUUGAUGAGUGCGUACCUGUUGAUAUAUGUGACCCGCAAGGUAGAGAUCUACUCCUGGGUGGAGAGGAUGUACUGGAAAAGUAGAGAUGCAGCUAAUGGAGCUGGUGGGGGAAGCACAGAGAAGAUAAUGAUGCAGAUAGAUGAUGCAGGUAAGGAAGACAGUUAUGAAAUAGUGGAAGAGAGGACAAUGGAUAAAUCAAAACUGAGAGACAAAUAUGACAAUGAGUAUGCUAGUGUCUCCUAUGUAUAAGCUAAUUACCUCUCAGUUAUGGAUAUUGCAAGUUAAGUGAUAAUUUAAUAUUAAUUUAUAUUUAUUGCUGUAUGAAUGUGUGUUAUGUGUGCCCUUAUGACCGACAAGGUACAUAUAUGACUUGAUCAUUUAGGUAUGAAGUCUAAAGUUUACUAAUUAAUUCUCUCUCCAAAUGACAAUUUUCAGCUUUGAAAAUGAUUCAAUCAAAAAUGAAAAUGUUAAUUGCGUUUUAUUUGGCUUCAUUUCCUCACUAGUUGAGUCAAAACCAGAAGCCCUCUUCAUGACAAAGUUUCUCUCUCCAAAUGGCAAUUUCUGUUUUCAAAAUGACUAAAUGAAAAAUAACUAAAUUAAAUAAUUUUGUAGUAAAUGGCCACCUAAAACUGUUAGUAUUAUACUUCCAGUUCAAUUUUCCUGGCCCACUGACAUUGUCAUUACUUUACUUACACCAUACUACUGCUGAUUUCCGAUGAAAUUAACCUGACAAGUACUGGACUACAGCUUGAUUAUAAUCACUGUCAUCAGUCAACAUGGCCAGCCUUGUUUUCUUUUGAAAACUUAAGGAUAAAUUCAAAGCAGAAUGGUUGGCUUAUAAAGCUGUCUUGCCCAUUUGUGAGAAAAUGACUUUUUUUCCUAUACAACUGAAUUAAGUUUAACUUCUCUAGUUAGACCGCUCUUUAAUUAAGUACGGAAAAUAAUACAUGCUUGCAUUGGUUUUAAAUUUCUAUACUUGGUAAUUAGUGUAAAAAAAUGCAGGCCACUUUCUCAACCAAUGCAAAGUUCAACCAAAACUAAUCAUGACUUGCUUGCUUGGGUUUUCCCAUAUUUUAUGCCACCCUGGGAAGUUGGACUCCCAUCUGAAAAGGUCAGGGAUGCUUGUUGGAAAAUUUGAAUCAAACCCCUAAAGGAGACCAAUAUGGGUGUGGUUUGAGCUUUUUUGACUCCUAAAAGUUACCACCAGGAGUCCAUAAUCCCAUGGGCUCCUGAUACCACUUAUAAUGGAAUAGGCUUGAGUACCCAGAAAGGAGCCUGUGCUAGUAGACCAGACUCAAGAGACUGGUGUAAAUCGAGUGGAAAACAAAAAUGAGAGCGUUUUUCAAAUGUUACCCUUUUGAAUGCACCCUAAAAAGUACUUUGACACAGCUAAAAAUAGUGGCCUUAAGGGAGAUGAAAAUCCUUGCUUUACACCCCUAAGUGAGAUGACAAGCAUCCCCAACCUAUAGGAGUCCCCCCCAGGCGUGGCACCUACAAGUACAAUGUAUUUUCUUUGAGUUUUGAUUGGUCCAUUUUGAUUGCUUUUGUCCUUUUGUCAGAUUGAUUGUUUAAGUUUAAGCCACGCCAUUUUGAGUGCAUCAUGUAUAAUGAUUUAUGUUCUGCUAAGAAAAGUAAACUAACUGACUUUCUGUGCCUUGCCUCCCCCCCCCCCAUCAGCUACUGCUGACCCUGUCACACUUUAACUACUACAGAUAUCAUUUCUAAUAACUUUCAUUGAUUAAGAUUGUCAUUGUAUAAAGCUAGAUACUCCUUAACAGCCAGCCAACAAAUUUUAACUUGUUGGCGUGGAUUUUUCUACGAUUUUUAGAGUAAUAAAUCUAUUAAUUUUUAUAUAUCUAAGUAACACUAAGAACUGAUGUAGCCCAGUUUAAUAAGCCCUUGCACUGUUAUUUCUUUCUAUUAUCAACUUUUGAUAUUGUUCAGGAAGCAAAUUCUGUUGAUACUGCUGAAAAGAGCACCAUACAGUCGUCGUUUCUUCUAAAAUCAUGAAUCAUGGCCGCUUGGGGGGCACAAGACUGUGUUAUACGGACGUUUGUAAAAUUUUCUGACUUUAAAAUUAUUUCGCAAGUUUGCCAAAACGGGCUCUCAAACUUGGCCGUUUUAUUAAUUUUGAGGGUCUCUUUGCGGCCGUGGCAAUAGGUUUUCGCUACUUAACAGCUGAAAAAAGCCUGUUGAAGGUUCUAUUCUGUCAGAACUAGUGCUUUCUUAUCAUUUAUUCUGAUCAUCGCACACUGUAUAUUACAGAUAAUUUGCUGUGUUUAAUAAACACCGGCUUGUGUGAAACUUCUUCUCGUGUCUUACGUAAGGUUUAGUGCAAGGAAAGUCGCGUUUUGCAACAAUCAAAAACUGAAUAUUAAGAUUGGUUUGUUUGCUUACCCUGUAAUCAGUGGGUUCUGCUUCUUUUCCCGGCGAGAGUGCAGAAACGUUAGCUCACUUGUGAGAAAGCUCGUUGUUUUCAAUUAUCUUGGUGAGAGCUUGUUAAUUCACUACAAGCUUGUAAUGUGUCUCUUCCUCGAAGGCUUAGUAACAGGGAGCGGCGUUUCAUGUUCUCCGUACACUGUUCCUUCCCAUUGCCACUUAUGUGGAGACUUCUUUGUUUACCUUACCUUUACAUGUUGUUAGCGAGCCUAUUUUGCAGAUCUCCAUAAAAGCAGAGGAAGUUUUUUUUGUUUUGUUCAUUUUGUUUGUGUGAAAUGCGACAACCCAGCUUGUUCAGCCUGAAAGCAAUUUUUGCGGCAGCCGCGUCGUUUUUUCCUGCGCUCUGGUUGAAUACGGGUCACUUGGACACCGACAAACAGCAGAAAUGGUUCCUGGAAGCCCACUGUUUUCCAGACAGCAGAAAUCCUACCUGACCAUUGUUUUCCUCUGGAAUUCAUUAGGUUAUCACCAAAUUUGCCGUAGGUGAGGAAACAAAAUAUUUCUUCUCCCAGUUUUAUUUUUCACACGCGUAUAGAGAGCUCUAUAGUUUAUGCUUCUGUCACGCCAUUCUUGGGAAGUCAGAAAUUAUUUAAUGUCAAUUAACAGCAUGUCACGCUUUCUUCAGGCGACCAGGUCAGCAAAUCGAUUUAAACUUGAUUUUUUUUAAUCUGUUGAUCUGACAGCUUCAAAUGUUGCUCAGUUGUGACCAUCCGUGAUCCGCUUUUUGUUCUUCUUUGUGUUUUGUUUUGAUUUGUUAUGUUGUUGUUGUUUUUUGUUUUGUUUUUUUUUUCUUUGCACUUUCCUUGUUGUAAGGCCAGGGUUUUUCUUCGUUUACGGCAAUGACGAUACUGAUUAUGAUAAACUUUGUUGUAUAAUUGUAUGAAUAACAUGCUAUUAAAAUAUAGGCUACAGUUGAACCUGACGUAAGCGGCCACCCGAAAUGUCAAGCCUGGGUGGCUGUUUACGGGAGGUGGUCUUCUGAGUCAAAAUUUUGCCUCAUUAUACAGUUGAACCUCCCGUAGGCGACCACCCAAAAUGUCAAGCCUAGGUGGCUGUUGACGGGAGGUGGUCGCCUACGAGAGUUCAAACUAUAUUGGGUCAAAAUUUUGCCCCAUUGGAAUAUGGUGACUCAGGAAGAGACUUAUCCCAUGUGCCUAUGCCGAUACGACGUUUUAUUCAUGUGAAAAGUCAAUUUCGAGAAAAAAAAAAACCGGUUCUUCCCAUUGAGAAAUUUCCGU